GUGUGUGCUUCUGCCCGGGUGUGUGCGCGCGUGUUUAUUCGCUGGCCCGAGGAAAAGCGCGCGCCUGUGGCAGGAUGUGGAGAGACACUACCAUACACGACCGGAGUGCGACGCCAUGCCGCUAGAGCUCGCGCUUCCGUGCGAAACGCAGAUGUGUAGGUAGGUCACUUACUGAGACGUGGCAAGCGCUUGGCGCCGGUAAAAUGGCAACCGAAAGUUUGUAACAGUUGCGUAUUUAUUAAGUGAGUAAGUGAGAAUACUAGCCGCUCCCUAUUAGUCAAGGUCAGGCGAGGACGCUGCGUAGUUUUCCAAUCAGCCCAAAGUGAUUCAGUCCGCAGUCUCAGGAAGUGCAGGAACUGCGCGCGCGCUCGGUAAUGAGUGGAGAGUAGUUUUCCAGGUAGUGUGCACUUUAAUUAAGUUUAUUCUUUACGUAGCCUGUAUUUAGGCUAAACUCCGUUUUAUAUCGCUUAGUGGAAGUUUAUCUUACGGAUUGUAAAUGAGUGCCACGGUAAAUGGAGCAGCAGCACGAGCCCAGGGUCCGGACCCGACUCCGGACCCGACUCCUUCUCCGUCAGGAACCAAACCGGAGCCACUGGCAGACCUGGAGCCGAGCAGCGAGCCUCCGACUGUCGUCGAAGAUGCCAAAAACACUGGACUUAAAUUCGCCAAGACGUUCCUGCUAGUUUUCCCGGUGUAUGUGUUGGGUUAUCUAGGGUUCAGUUUCAGUUGGAUCCUCAUCUCACUGGCCGUGCUGUUUUGGCUCAGACGGAACCAGGGAGCGAGGAUUUCAGGAGUAAACAAAGCACUGGCCUUUUUCCAGCACGAGGAGACAGCAGUAAAACAGAGUUUUCCAACUUCCGAGCUGCCGCCCUGGGUUCAUUUUCCUGAUGUGGAGAGAGUGGAAUGGCUCAAUAAGACAGUUCAUCAGAUGUGGCCAUAUAUUUGUCAGUUUGUUGACAAACUCUUCCGUGACACCAUCGAGCCAGCCAUCAAAGGAGCCAAUGCGCACCUCAGCUCUUUCUGCUUCUCCAAGAUUGACAUGGGGGACAAGGCCCUGAGAGUGAAUGGAGUGAAGGUUUACACUGAGAAUGUAGACAAACGACAGAUUAUCAUGGACCUACAAAUCAGCUUUGUUGGGAACACAGAGAUCAAUGUGGAGAUUAAGAAAUACUACUGCCGAGCAGGCAUCAACAGCAUCCAGCUGCACGGGGUGUUGAGAGUCAUGAUGGAGCCGUUGCUAGGAGACAUGCCUCUGAUUGGAGCACUAUCUGUUUUCUUCCUUAAAAAACCUCUGUUGGAUAUUAACUGGACAGGUCUGACUAACAUACUCGACAUCCCAGGACUGAAUGGACUGUGUGAUGGUGUGAUUGAGGACAUUAUUUGCAGUAACUUGGUGCUUCCCCAGAAAAUCACCAUUCCACUGGUGGGAGAAGCACAACUGGCCCAGUUACGUUUCCCAUUGCCAAAGGGUGUUUUACGGGUUUAUUUUAUGGAAGCCCAGGAUCUGUUGGCUAAAGACACAUAUCUGGGUGGUCUGAUCAAAGGGAAGUCUGAUCCAUACGGGGUCAUUAAGAUUGGCAAUCAGCUCUUCCAGAGCAAGGUCAUCAAGGACUGCCUGAAUCCCAAAUGGUUUGAAGUAUACGAGGCAUUGGUGUAUGAGCAGCCGGGACAGACUUUGGAAAUUGAGCUGUUUGACGAAGACCCUGAUGAAGAUGACUUCCUCGGCAGGCUUGUGAUUGACCUGAAUGAGUUUCAGAAGGAGCAGAAAGUUGAUGAGUGGUUUGUGCUGGAGGAGGUGGCAGCAGGAAAACUACACUUAAAGCUAGAGUGGCUCUCACCCCUUGCCACACCAGAGAAGCUGGACCAGGUGUUGGGCAGUAUUAGGGCAGAUAAAGGCCAGGCAAAUGAUGGUCUCUCUUCAGCACUACUCCUUGUACACCUGGACUCAGCCAAGAAUCUGCCUUCUGCGAAGAAAGUCACCAGUGAUCCCAGUCCCUGGGUCCAGUUUAAAGUUGGACACACAGUUUUCGAGAGUAAGACACGUUAUAAAACCAAUGAGCCUGUUUGGGAGGAGGCUUUCACAUUCCUAAUACAUAACCCAAGGAAUCAGGACCUAGAAGUGGAGGUAAAGGAUGAGAGGCAUGAGUGUACGCUGGGGAAUUUUACUCUCCCUUUGACUCGGCUGCUGCAGGCUGAGCAGAUGACCCUCAGUCAGAGAUUUCCACUGAAGAGUGCAGGACCCAGUGCUACUCUCAAAAUGAAGAUUGCUCUAAGGGUUCUUAGUUUGGAGAAGUUGUCGGUUUCAGACCAGCCGUCAUCUGUGCAGAUUCGCAAUCGAAGUUCCAGUGUCAUUCCAAGUGCAUCAAAUUCCAGUCUUGCUCAAAAUGCCUCAAGCUUGAAGAACACCCCCAAAACCUCAGGUUCUGGUGUCAGCUCCAAGCCUUCUUCACAGCUCCCACUUGUUUCUGAACAUCAGUCUGCCCAUGACCUCCAAGGGUUGAGUGAGUCCGUCUCUACCACCCCAUUAGAGGACUCGCCAGUUCGUCUAGCAGAUAGAGGCAGGAGUACAUCUAACUUGGCAAUUUCAGGCUCUCAGAUGAACCUGAACAACAAAGAGCCAACACCAAGCAUUGCCUCUGACAUCUCCCAUCCAUACGCUUCCCAGGAGCUACAGCACAGACUUAAAGAACUUCAGAAUGGUUCCACUUCUGGUUAUUUUCCCCUGGGAGAGAUUGAGCUGACAGUAAGACACAGCUCCCAACGGAACAAACUUAUAGUAGUGGUACACAGCUGCAGGAAUCUGAUAUCAUUCACAGACAGCGGCUCUGACCCCUAUGUGCGUUUGUAUCUGCUUCCUGAUAAGCGGCGAUCUGGACGUAGAAAAACACAUACGAUCAAGAAAAACCUCAACCCAGUCUACGACCAAACAUUUGAGUUCAGUGUGUCACUGGUGGAGUUGCACAGGAGAACUUUGGAUGUAGCAGUGAAAAAUGGAGGAGGACUUCUGUCUAAACACAAGGGUCUUCUGGGCAAGGUGAUGGUGGAUUUGACAUCAGAGGAAAUAUCAAAAGGCUGGACACAAUGGCAUGAACUGAGUGAUGGACUGAGGAAACCAUCUGUUUAAUCAGAACAAUCAGUUUCCUUCUGCUGGCCAAAAAUCAGGACUUCCUGCAGGGAAUCCCUGCCCAGACUACAAAUGUCAGCCAUGUUUAAGUGUUUUAAUUUUAGUGGAUGGACAUUAGAAAUAUAAUUUUGUGUGUGUGUAAAAUAUGUAUAAUGUUCAUUUUAAUCAAGAUCAUUUUUAGUUAGUUGGUUUGCCAAAAUAAUAUAAUGCUUUGGAUAUGAUUUAACAUGCAGCUGCUGAGUUUGCUUUAUGGUCUCAUGGUUUAAUUUGUGCAAUACUAAGGGGUGUGUGUGUGUGUGUGUGUGUGUGUGUGUGUGUGUGUGUGUGUGUGUGUGUGUGUGUGUGUGUGUGUGUGUGUGUGUGUGUGUGUGUGUGUGAGUGUGUGUGAGUGUGUGUGAGUGUGUGUGAGUGUGUGUGAGUGUGUGUGAGUGUGUGUGAGUGUGAGUGAGAGAGAGAUUCAGUAAUGGAAAAUGAAAAAAAUUACAAGUCAAAUAAACAUACAGAAUGACAUUUUUACCAGAUGACCCAGGAAGGUGUGUGUAUAUAUAUUCAUGCAUACUGUAAGUGUGUUUAGUCCUAAACUAAUUAUGUUUCUAUACUGUGUAUUAGUAUGACAUUUUGCACUUGCGAAUGUGUUUGUUUGGGUUUGGGGAGAGAGAUGGGAAUUUACAUGUUACACAAAGUUGUUUUUUUGUUUUUUAAUAGCUACCAUGAUGUAUAUGCUCACUGCUCAUUUGAAAA